GUUGGCCGGUGGCGGUGCGGUAACCGUAGCGCCGGACGAUGCUGUUCUCCCUGCGCGAGCUCGUGCAGUGGCUCGGCUUCGCCACCUUCGAGAUCUUCCUGCACGGGCUGGCCCUGCUCGCCUUCUCCGUGCUGCUCGUGCUCAAGGUGGACGGCGCGGCCGCCACGCUCUCCUGGUGGAUCGUGUUCGUGCCCUUCUUCGCCGCCGACGGGCUCAGCACCUACUUCACCACCAUAGUGUCCGUGCGGCUGUUCCAGGACGGCGAGAAGCGCCUGGCGGUGCUGCGGCUCUUCUGGAUCCUCACCAUCCUCAGCCUCAAGUUCGUGUUCGAGAUGCUGCUGUGCCAGAAGCUGGUGGAGCACACGCGGGAGCUCUGGUACGGGCUCAUCAUGUCGCCCGUCUUCAUCCUGCUGCAGCUGCUCAUGAUCCGGGCCUGCCGCGUGAACUGAGUCCCGGGCCGGGGGGACGUGCCCGGGGCCGCUCCCGUCGCUGUCCCUGUGCGGAGGGGCAGGUGACAGGCCGGGACAGGGCAGUGCCCUGCUCGCAGCUGUGUUGCAGAGCAUCACGUUUCUCCAAAAGCUGCACAUCCCUGUUUGUACCCCCUCAGCUCCUGCCUUGUCCUGUCCUGCGAGCACGGCUGGGCGUGACAGUUAUUUUAUUUUAGAAUAAAAAUGCGUUGAAGGA